CUUUUUUUUAGAGAGAGAGACAGAAUAGGCUUUUGAAAUUUCUUUUGUGGAGAGAGGCGUUUCAUUCCGUUCAAAAUUUUUUUUUCGAAAGAAGAGGAGAUUCUGUCUCUUAAAGAGUUGUAGUAGUUGGAGUUGAAGAGGGUGAGCUGGGGAGAUGGCGGUUCCUAUAACAGAGGCGUACACAUUAGGGUUUAUAGGUGCCGGGAAAAUGGCGGAAGCCAUUGCCAGGGGCGUGGACAAAUCCGGCAUUCUUCCUGCCUCCAGAAUGCGCACUGCCCAUCGCACCCUAGCUCGCCGUCAGGCCUUCUCUUCCUUUGGCGUCCAUGUCUACGAAUCCAACAUCAAGGUUGUUGAAGAAAGUGAAGUUAUAAUUCUCUCUGUGAAGCCUCAAGUGGUUAAAGAGGUACUUUCAGAAUUGAAGCCAUUUUUAUCAAAAGAAAAGCUUUUGGUGUCGAUUGCUGCAGGAAUUCGGUUGAAUGAUUUGCAGGAAUGGACUGGUCAUGGGCGGCUAAUUAGAGUAAUGACUAAUACUCCAUCCCUAGUUGGCAUGGCAGCAUCAGUUAUAUGCUUGGGUGAAUUGGCAACAACUGAAGAUGAGAAGUUUGUAUCCAAUUUGUUUGGAGCAGUUGGCAAGGCAUGGACUGCUAAAGAAAAACUUCUUGAUGCAGUCACUGGCUUAAGUGGUAGUGGUCCAGCAUAUGUAUAUCUGGCAAUAGAAGCUAUGGCUGAUGGAGGAGUAGCAGCUGGCCUUCCUCGGGAUCUAGCAUUAUGUCUGGCUUCUCAAACAGUCCUUGGGGCAGCGGCCAUGACCAUUGAGUCUGGGAAGCAUCCUGGUCAGCUCAAAGAUGAGGUGACAUCACCAGCAGGGACAACCAUUGCAGGCAUUCAUGUGUUAGAGAAAAAUGGGUUUCGUGGAACUAUCAUGGGUGCCGUCAUGGCUGCAUCCAAAAGAAGUGAAGAGCUUUCAAAACAUGUCAGCUAGAUCUUGCUAUGCAUUAAGGGUUUGAGUACAUCAAGAUCUUCUUGACUUUUAUUUAAAGGAGACGAUUGACUUAUCCCUACAUUUUGAGUCCUGUAGUUCAUUACAGAUAAAAGUUGUUUUUAGUACUCAUUACUUAAUCAAUUUUGAGCUUUCAUGUAAGCUUUCAUGUAAAUGUUAUAUACAAGUAUGGUUUCUACUUAAUUUUU